GUUGAUAUUCCCUUGAGUUUCCAGCUCCUCCCCGUUCUCGUUGAGUGGUGAGCCAUGCGUAUACUGGUUGUCCUGGAAAACCUUUUCGCUGUCUUUCCUCCUUUACAACGUGCAAGCUUUUCUUCUUGUCUUUAGAUCGAUGCCUGCAGACUCUGUAUACUGGUCUUGCUUCCUAUUCUCUGAUGCCCGUUCCUUAGACUGAUUGACCAAUAUUUCCAAGCAGAUGUAAUGACUAAACUAUGACAAGGGAUGGGAUAUUGCCUUGAGCCUAAGCAGAACGUCUUGUGGAUAGUAUCCUGGUGUUUCGAGUAUUAUUCUUCACAACUUUCGCUCUGGGCUGCUUGUUUAAGAUCUCCAAGCCCACUCUCCAGCAGUACCUACUCUUUUCAUCCCUUCAUCGACACCCACUCACAGAUUGGCAUUCUGCCAACCGUCCGUCAUCAUGGCUACCGACCUUGCCCAGCAAGCUUUCCAAACCUCUGAUGAUGCAGUCCAGCAACCAUCGAAAUCUACUCGACUUCAUCGAUCAACUGCGAUCCGAGGGCGCGGUAUUUGGAGCUGCCGGCAAGAAUCAAUCAGGAGAGAACUCGAGAAUGGUUGCAAGCCUGGUAAUUUCUUGCAUGCGUCAAUCUCGCGGCAUUAUUUUGACAGUGGUUUCGGCAGACAACCAGUUCGCCAACCAGCCCGUCACCAACUUUGCUCGUGAUAUUGAUCCCCUCGGGGAAAGAACACUUGGCCUAAUAGCAAAGCCAGACAAGCUUGAACAGGGCACCAAGGGCGGGGCAUACUGGAUAGAGAUGGGCCCCAAUCCAUCUCGUCCCACCCGCUGUAGUUGAUAUGUACUUUGCAACCGAGGUCAUAGCAUGAGAAGCUACACGACCGAGGCGCGGGGUCUUUGUG